AUGCCUCAACAAAAAUACAAUAAGCUCGCAGGCAAGCACGUCCUGGUCAUUGGAGGGACUUCAGGACUAGGAUUUGCUGUAGCCGAAGCAGCAAUAGAGUCGAAUGCACGAGUCACCGUAUCAUCCUCAUCCAACUCCAAGAUUGAAGCAUCCCUCGCCUCCUUCAAAAAGUCCUACCCAGGCGCCACCGUUGCCGGCUACCCUUGCGAUCUGUCUAAACCCACCGUCGAAGCAGAUCUAGAGGCGCUCUUCAAGCAAGUUGGACAGGUAGACCACAUCGUCGUUACAGCCGGUGACAAGCUCGCCGUUGCGCCCAUCCAGGAAGUCACCUACGAGCGUAUCAUAUCCGCCGGCCAGGUACGAUUCGUUGCGCCUAUACUCAUCGCCAAAGUCGGAUCCAAGUAUUUGAACAAGGGCCCCGAGUCCUCCAUCGUUCUCUCAACUGGGUCUGUCUCUCAACGCCCAAAUCCAGGCUGGAGUGUCGUUGCAAGUUACGCCGCAGGGCUCCAUGGUCUGACGAGGAAUUUGGCCUUGGAUCUGAAACCUAUUCGAGUUAACCUGGUGAGUCCCGGUGCUGUCGAUACCGAACUCUGGAAGGAUUAUCCCGAGGAGGUGAAAAGGGGGUUCUUCAAGGAAUUUUCUGACAAGGUGCCUACUGGUCAUGUCGGAAAACCGGAGGAGGUUGCAGAAUGCUAUUUGUGGUUGAUGAAGGAUACCAACGCUACUGGAGUCGUUGCAGACACCAGUGCGGGUAGCUUACUUGUGUAA